AUGUGGAACGAAACGAAACCCAACGUUUCUAAAUUACGGAGAAUCAGCCACAGGACUCACCAUCAAAAUCAUGGACAUGUUGAAAACGAUGAAUCAUGGGUACCGUUGCCUGAGAAGAUCUACAAGAAACUGGAUUUGUCGACCAAAUUCCUGAGAUACAAAGUCCCUUUCCCCCUGUUUGCAUAUCCCCUUUAUCUGUGGUCUAGGAGUCCAGGGAAGAAGGGUUCACACUUCAAUCCUUACAGUGAUUUGUUCAAAAGCAGUGAGAGGAAACUUGCGCUCACAUCAACAAUAUGUUGGGCUGCAAUGGUUGCUUUUCUCUUUUGCUUAUCCAUCAGAUUUGGACCACUCCUAUUGCUAAAGCUCUAUGGGGUUCCCUAUGUGAUAUUCGUCAUGUGGUUGGACUUAGUCACUUACUUGCACCAUCAUGGUCAUGAGAAAAAGCUUCCUUGGUACCGUGGCAAGGAGUGGAGUUACUUAAGGGGAGGCCUAACCACUGUGGAUCGUGAUUAUGGAUUGUUUAACAAAAUCCAGCAUGAUAUUGGCACCCAUGUUAUACACCAUCUCUUUCCUCAGAUCCCGCAUUAUCACUUAGAAGAGGCGACAAGGGCAGCUAAACCAGUCAUGGGCAUGUAUUACAGAGAGCCCAUAAAAUCAGGACCAGUUCCUUAUCAUUUGCUCCAAAAUUUGGUAAGAAGCAUUAACGAAGACCAUUUUGUUAGUGAUAGUGGAGAAAUAGUGUAUUAUCAGAAGGAUUCACAACUCUCUUAG